AUGACAGGUAUUUAUUCUUUUCCAGAACAACGUUAUUUUUGGUCGAGCAAUACACGUGUUGAAUCUAUAUCUUCAGUCAUGAGUCGAGAUCGAUUUCUUGAAUUAAAGAAAUAUUUACAUGUUACUGAUAAUUCAAUUCAACAAAAUCGAACGGAUGCAAAUUUUGAUAAAGCACAUAAAGUUCGUCCAUUGUUGAAUAUUGUAAAAGAAAAUUUUAGGAUAAUUCCAAAGGAAGAAAAAUUAAGUGUUGAUGAACAAAUCAUACCAUUUAAAGGUAGAAGUAUAAUGAAGCAACAUAUGCCGAAGAAACCCAAUCGUUGGGGGUAUAAGAUGUUUCUUUUAGCUGGUGGCAAAAGUGGUAUAUGCUACGAUUUUAUUUUCUAUACAGGCAAAGGCAAUCAACAACAGCAUGGCUUUUGUACAGAUAUUGUACUGGAUGUUUGCGAAACUGUACCACGUUUUGCUAAUCAUAAAGUAUAUUUUGAUAAUUAUUUUACAACAAUUCGUCUACAAGUAGAGUUGAAGAAGUUAGGAAUUUUUGCAAUUGGUACGAUAAGGCCAAAUCGAUUAAUUGAUUUAAACAUUAAAAAUGCAAAAGAUUUAUCAAGAGAAGGUAGGGGAGCGAUGGAUCAUCGCGUCACAGAAGUUGAAGGAGUGGAAUUAUGCGUGACACGAUGGUAUGAUAACAAUGCUGUGAAUUGUCUUUCUACAUUGUAUGGUUGUGAACCGACUGACUCGGUGCAACGAUGGUCAUCGAAACAAAAAAACCAUAUACAAAUAAGACGACCACAGGUCAUAAAAGCUUAUAAUGAACAUAUGGGAGGAGUCGAUUUAAUCGACAUGUUGAUUUCUUUGUAUCGAAUAAACGUUGGUUCAAAAAAAUAUUAUAUAAAAAUUGUCUUUCAUCUUAUUGAUUUGUCAGUUGUCAAUGCAUGGCUGUUGUACCGACGCCACUGUUUGCAACUAAAUCUUCCAAAAAAGGACAUAAUGUCUUUAUUGACUUUUCGUAUAAAUAUUGCCACAGCUUUACUUAAAUCUAAUCCACCACCACCUAUCAUAAAACGUGGUCGACCAUCAUUAGAAUCAAAAUUAAAAUCAAACGAAAACAACUCAACAACAACUUUACGAACUACACCGACUUUGGCUCCACCUUCGAGUACACGAUUCGAUAAAUAUGAUCAUUGGCCUAUCACAACAUCAAAAGGUCGUUGUCGAAAUAAUACCUGUGAUGGGUAUACAAGAAUAUCAUGUUCUAAAUGCGAAGUUCGUUUAUGUUUGAACGAAAAAAAUAACUGUUUUGCAAAUUACCAUAAUUAA